GCUUGAAGCUCCCCUCUACGGCAGCCGCAAGUACUGUACGCGUUCGUCUGGCAGUUAAGCCGAAUCAUCGUUUGGAAAAAUCGGAAGAGAGGAAAAUUUAAAGAUAAACGCCGAAAAGUAAAAUAAAAAGGAAAAACAAAAUGUCAGAUGUUAAACGAUUAGUAGCCUCUUUCGUUCAGUUUCUCGGCGACCAACUGCGGAACGCCGAUCUCACAUUGGAUGCCAAAGAAAGCAUAGAAGUUGCAAUUCAGUGUUUGGAGUCUGCAUUUGGAGUCAGUGCAGAAAACGAGGCCUCGAGUUCUCAUUCUCUACUGCAGAUAUUUACUGAAGCGACAAAAGAUAGUGUAGAUGAGAACGCAAAAGCAUCAGAACAUGUUGAAGUAUCUGAAGCAUCCAAGGCCGAGGCUGAAAAUUUAAAGGUCUUGGGUAAUAAUCACAUGAAAUCUGAAAAUUUUAAUGCAGCAAUAGAUUGUUAUACAAAAGCUAUACAUCUGGAUCCAAACAAUUCAGUAUUUUACUGCAAUAGAGCAGCUGCUUACAGCAAACUGAAUAAUCACAAGGCUGCCAUCCAAGAUUGCGAGGCUGCAAUUAAGAUAGAUCCCAGUUACAGUAAAGCCUAUGGGAGAAUGGGUCUAGCUCAUGCCAGUUUGGACCAAUAUCAGCAAGCAAAGGAAUGCUUCCAGCAUGCAAUUAGCUUGGAUCCACAGAAUGAAAGUUACAUCAACAACCUCAAAGUUGCCGAAGAGAAAAUCAAGUCUGGAAGCUCCGCUUCAGGCAACAGACCAGACGACAGCAGGAAUUUGGGAGCAGGUUUUAAUGUACCUUUUGAUUUUUCGUCAAUUUUAAGUAACCCGUUACUUAUGAACAUGGCCACUCAAAUCAUGCAAGAUCCGAAUAUGCAGAAUUUGCUGACAGGAUUAAUGUCUGGGUCCGUGCGUGAUGGAAGGGAUGGUAUGGACGCCUUGCUUCAAGCGGGACAACAACUAGCAGCUCAAAUGCAAGCUUCCAAUCCGGAGCUAGUGGAACAGUUUAGACGGCAGAUGGAAUCCUCUUCCAGACAAAAUCCUCCCGAGAAUAACAACUAGACGAACCCGGCCCGAAAAAGUUGCAAACCUCUGUCGACUUUGGAUACAAAAUAAAUAUUUUGGAAUGGGAAUAUGGUAGGGGAAACGUGGUCGCCGUCAUCGUCGUAAUUACUAUCCUAGAAGAGCGAACAUUCCCGGCACGUCACUGGCCACCCUCUUCUACUAAAAAAAAAAAAAUUCUUCACAAGAUCGAAUUUAAAAACUAGAAACAAAUGUUAGGACAAAAAAUAUAUAUAUUUUGAUAUGAUUGGGGAAGCACGCCGUCGUAUAAUGAUUCACUCUUGCCGAGUACAAAUUUGACUAAAUUAAGAACAUUAAUUAUUUAUAUAACCUUUAAAUCUGUAGAAAGCUGUAUCCGACAUUUAAACAGAAACUUAUGUACAUACUUGAGUUUAUCAAAAUCCUAUUCCCGUUCUUGUAUGUCAGUUCUGUUCAACCGAAAUUACAAAGAAUAAAUCUGUUUUGAAUGACUUUA